AUGGCCGCAUCUUUAGCUGUACCUGGGGAGAGCAUCCGUCUCACUCCACGCGAUGGCAACAAAUGUCGCGUCACGAAACUCUUUGACGUCCACGCACCGGACCUCUUCGACCUCGCCAUUUCGGAACGGGAAGUAGCGCUCCAGAUACUCGAGGGGUUAAGAUUCGACCGUAAUGACGUUGAUCCUGUCGUAAAGGCAGCCGAGAUAACCACUAAGAUUAUCAAGCCUAAAGAUCAAUCCCAACCCACAAGUUCUCUAGCGCAUGACCCUAACAGGUCAAUCUUGAAUGACGCGAUGUCCUAUAUUAAAAACCGUCACUUCGGGGACGAAGUUUCCAAAGAAGAGAAGCGUUGUUAUGAGAGAAUCAUCGACACACAAAUGGUACGUUCCAUGGCCCUGAUUUGCUAUCUUUCGGGCGAUUCGCAAAACCGCAUCGACAUAAAGGAUAUUUUCUUCGCCGGUAUCCGCGCCAUGAAUACUUUGGCAGAGUUGAUCGAACUCUUGAAAAGUGGCGACGUCUCCCAUUCAGGCAUUAGCAGCAAGGGUGUCGAGUGUCAAGCUACCAUGGUCAUAGAUGCUGCGCGUAAACGGGGCGACUACCUACGCCAGCUGAUAGAGGGUUUAUGCAUGUUCUGGGACCUAGUGACCUCAACGUCAUUCAUCCGUCUCAUUAUCGAGAUGCAGUUGACCAAGCCCUAA